AUGGUGCAGAAGAUGCUUGGUUCAGUUGUCCAAAUAGAAACACGACCACUGUACAACGGGAAUGAGGAGGCGCAAGGUGUAAAAAUACUUCAUCGUGUAUUUUGGAGUUUCAAUCCAUGCAUUAGGGCAUUCAGGCAUUGCAAGCCCCUGGUUCAGGUUGACGGCACACACUUAUACGGAAAAUACAAAGGUACACUUCUAGUUGCUGUUGCACAAGAUGGGAACCAGAACAUUGUGCCUAUCGCCUUUGCCUUAGUGGAAGGGGAGACAGCUGAUGCGUGGCACUUCUUUCUCAGGAAUCUGCGAAUGUAUGUUGUUAGAAAAGACGGUGUGGGUAUGAUCUCAGACCGACAUGAGUCAAUACGGGCAGCAGUAAAUCGUUCCGGUGGUGACUGGCAACCUCCAAGAGCAUGGUGGAUGUUUUGUACAAGACACAUAGGCAGUAACUUCUUAAGGGCAUUCAAAGUCUCUCACUUGCAAAAGAUUGUUGUCAACAUAGGGUAUUCAAGAACGGUGGAGGAGUACGAUAUCAACUAUAAGAGGUUGGAAGAGCGAGGCGAGGCAUAUGCCAGGUGGUGCGAUGCCAUUGGACUCAGACAUUGGGUAUUGGCAUUCGACGAGGGACAUCGAUGGGGCCAUAUGACAACAAACCUUGUCAAGUGCAUUAACUCAAUGUUGAAGGGUGCCCGUAAUCUACCUGUGUUGGCGCUGGUCCGAGCAACAUAUUAUAAGUUAAAUGAACUUUUUACGCAGAAGAGUGCCGAUACUCACGAACGCAAGCGUGCUGGAUAUACGUACUCCGCAUUUGCGCAACAGCGGAUAGAAUCAAGUAUGCAACAUAUUGGGAAUAUAGUUGUGCACUGCUUUGAUAGACGAAAUGAGGUGUUUGAGGUUCGCAAAAUGACUACUGGAAACGUGUUAGUUGUUGAUCUUGCGCGACGGACAUGUGACUGUGGGCACUUUGAGGUUGAACGAAUACCAUGUCGCCAUGUUAUUACUUGCUGUGCUAACCAGUGUCUCGAUUGGCAGUUGUAUGUGCAUGAUGUGUACAAGAUGACAGAGGUUCGUAAAGUAUAUAGGUUUGAGUUCACACCAUUAGGUGAUCCCGAGACAUGA